AUGUCCCAGCUCUUCUUUGGAAAGCCAGCACAUACCUUUCAGUCUACACCAAAACUUUGUCAUCAUCAUCCCUCAUCACCCAAGGACCCUGAACAAGGACAUGGGCCAGACCAGGACAUCCCUGAUGAGACAUUUUCGUUUGUGACACUGGACGAAAGCCAUGGACAGCAAAGUGAGGACUCCGGCAUCGACAUUUCAAACAUCUCCAAUAGACGUGACGUACACAACAGUACUUCCAGCGAGCUCCCAGGUGAGGAGGCUACGACUGUUCUCAGUUCAACGAUAGAGGAGAUAGGGAAGAAGGCCCAGGAUCUGAUAGAGCGAAUCAACCAGAGCCGAGCCAUGGACCAGGAAAUCAUGACCACCUUCGAGAACAAGUUAAUGAAUAAGGUGAGUGAGGUGUGCCAGCAGGUGAAGGAGCAGAUGUUCAGCAGCUAUGAGGAACAUGGCCGUGGGAUGGAGGCCAAUCUGCAGGAGCUGUCCGAGGUGCUGGAGAGGUGCAGUCAGCUCAGCAUGGAGCUACAGGGAGCCAGUCAGACCUUAUCAGCCAUCAACAACAGCCUGCAGCAGACAGCUGAGAACUGACAUCUACCCAGCCAUUAAUUUAUUUUAACUGCCUCAUAGCAUCCCAACUUCUGGGAGGUCUGGAAUAAUUAAAGCAAUGACUUGUUUGUUUGACUGUGGUAUAUGUCUAAUAGGACAUAAAACAGUGGUUGUAAACUGAGUGGG